AUGGAAGUGUUCACGGUUACGUUGAUAACGACCAGCUUCAGAAGACUCGAGAUAUCUCUGAUCGGAGACGUUCACUUGGUGGAGGCUGCAAAUAAUAUCGAUUUAGUUAUUGUUUCAAUCAAGCUUCAUACCGUUCUGACUGGUUCCACGUCAAAGGAAAAAAUAGAAGACGUAGAAGUCUCCGGUCUCGUUGGAUCCUCUGGUGGUGGUGUGAGCAUCAGCGGAGGCAUUCUGCUCGCAAGAAGAUCAUCGAAUUCGUAUUCGAUUGCAUCGAGUAUAGGCGGAGGAGUUGGAUUCGAGCUUAUUGAACUGUCAACGUUUCCGGAUGAAGUUUUGCAGCAUGCACAGCAAUUAGCAGCUGAAUUAAGAGCACAAGUAGAAGAUACCGAACGAGAUUACGAUUCCGAGCGUCGUCGUGUGAAAGUGUUUAUGAGUCACAGAUUGAGAGAAUCUGCUGAAUAUUUCAUGGAGAUGCAUGGUGAGAAAUGGAAAGAAGAGCCAGCAGCAAUCGAGAAAAUGAAGUCACUUCGAAACUAUAUGAUCGAGGAGUUGGCGAAAAUAGACAGACAGGAACAGAUGUCGCAGGAAUCGGAAUAG